UACCAAUGCAAACACUUCAUUAAUUAGCUACUUGAAAAAUUCUCUCUUUCACCACCCAAGAAAAUGGAAAAUUUGAAGAAUGAAAAAUCCCAUGUUCUUAUUGCAAUAUUCCCAGGCCAAGGUCACAUUAAUCCAUCUCUUCAACUUUCCAAACAAUUAAUCAAAUUAGGUGUUGAAGUCACUUUAUCCUCUAGCCUAUCAGCUUUCAAUAAAAUUAAAAAACUCCCAAAUAUUCAAGGACUAAGGUUUGCUCCUUUCUCUGAUGGCUAUGAUGGCAAAUUCAAAGGUUCAUUUGAUGAGUACCAUUUGUUAUAUUCUUCAAUAAUGUCUCAUGGGUCAGAAUUUAUUUUAAAUUUAAUCAAAUCAAAUUCAAAAAAUGGUCCCCCUUUUUCACAUGUUAUUUACACUCCGAUUAUGGAUUGGGCUGGUUCAGUAGCAAAAAAAUUUAAUAUCCCAUCGACAUUAUUUUGGAUUCAACCAGCCACAGUUUUUGAUAUUUACUACUAUAGAUUUACUGAUUAUUCUGAUUAUUUCAAGAAUUGUGAUUCUCAGGAUAAAAUCAUAGAGUUACCAGGAUUGCCACCACUUAGUCCCAUUGAUUUUCCUUCUUUUGUGUUUGAUGAUGUGGAGUGUAACAAUUGGGCUGUUGAGUCUAUUAAAAAGCAAAUUCAGAUAUUGAAUAGUGAAGAAAAUCCAAGAAUUCUUGUUAAUACUUUUGAUGAUUUGGAAUUUGAUGCUUUGAGGAUUUUGAAAAAUGUGACUAUGGUGGCAAUUGGCCCUACAAUUCCUUCAAAUUUUCUUGAUGAUGAGAAGAAUCUUUGUGAUAAUUCAUUUGGAGCUGAUAUGAUUGAGAUUAGUUCAAAAAAUUACAUGGAGUGGCUGGAUUUAAGGCCAAAUGAAUCAGUUAUUUACAUAGCAUUUGGUAGCUAUACUGAGAUAUCAAGUCAACUGAUGGAGGAGAUUGGUCAAGGAUUGUUGGAAUGUGGGAGGCCAUUUUUGUGGGUGAUUAGGGAAGGACAAAACGGGGAAAAACCGGAGGAAAAGUUGAGUUGCAAAGACGCAUUGGAAAAGAAGGGGAAAAUAGUACGUUGGUGCUCGCAAGUAAAAGUCCUGAAACACCCUUCUAUAGGUUGUUUCCUGACUCACUGCGGGUGGAACUCAACUCUAGAGAGCAUAGCUUCUGGCGUGCCUGUCGUGGCGUGUCCCAUUUGGAAUGAUCAAAUUUGUAAUGCGAAGCUCGUUCAAGAUGUGUGGAAGAAUGGCGUCAGAGUGAAUGUUGGUGAAGGAAGUAUCGCUCAAAGAAAUGAGUUCGAGAGGUGUAUAGAGAUCGCGAUGGGAGGUAGCAAGGAAGGGGAGGAAUUGAGAAAGAAUGCCAAGAAAUGGAGGGAUUUGGCUAAGGCAGCUAUGAAGGAAAAUGGUUCAUCAAAUGUGAAUCUCAAAGCUUAUGUUAAUGAGUUUUUACUUGGUCGUCAUUGUUAAGAUAAGAAAAUGAAGUGUUUUAUUAUUCCUCUGUCAUAGUAGAUUGUCUAUUUUUCAUCUA